UGCUCUUCUUCUCCUUUCUUCUCGCUGCAGCCACUCGAAAGAAAAAGAAAGAAACCCAGCCAUGCCUUGGAAAAUUGGUGAGAAAGCUUGGUUUUCUCCUUCUUUUCUUGCUCUAGAACACUUCUAGAACCUAGAAAUUUCCCCUCCCUCUCUGCAGAAACCGGAUCUGCUCUGCUUUGCUCUGUCCGCCGGCUGCUCUUGUUGUGGGGGGCGAAUUGCUUGGGUUUUGGUUCCGUGAGCUUCCCCCUGCAGAUCCCGCCGACCUUCCCCAAUCUGCUAGCUCCGGUUCCUUGCUUGUAAAUUCUGGUAUGUGACAGCCUUUUAAGGCUUAAAUUAUCCAUUUAAAGUUGCUGCUUGUGAUGUCCGAAUUUGGCUAGGAAAUGGGGAAAUUCCGGUAGUAAUUAAGUGAGAUUUAUGUGAUUGAGUGUGUGUUGGUUGUUGUGAUUUUUGGAGAAAAUCCUGUGGAAUUAGUUGUUUUGGCCAAUUUGUGAAAGUCGGGGUUACUGUUCAUGUCGUGGUACUGUUCAUGGGUACGGUUCACUGGUUAUUGUUCACACCCCGAGGGCCAACAUUUAACGGGAAUUUAAAUGAUUUGUUUAUGAUAUAAGAACGAAUUUGGAGAUAUUUGAUCAUGUGGAAAGUGAUAGAAAUAGCAUUGUGAUUAGGAAUGAUCCUAAUGAUGAUUUCAGCUUGAAUUUGUGAUAGUCCGGUAUUAAUUCUGAGGUGUUUUGAUUAGGUUCCCGAUCAUUCUGUCAGUUAGUGCGUGAAUUGAGUGCUCGGUUUUAUGCAAGUGAGGUAAGUAAUUUAUGCGGCGUGUUUCUGCUCCUCUUCUUCUUCUCCCUGUAGCUGAACAAGAGCUCCAGCCCCCGACAGCACCUCCCUUUGAGAGAUCGGUAAGAGAGCUUGAUUUUCCUUUCUUUUCUUGUUCAAGAACAAGAUUUAGGAGCUUGAAAUCUUUCCCCUUUGCAAAAAAUCCCAGAUCUACUCUGCUCCUUCCUCCCUUUCGUCCGCUGCUCUUGGUGUGGGUGUGAGUUUUUCGGUUUUGAUCCCCUGAAUUUCUCCUUCAUUCCCGCCGGUCUUCCCCCAAACUGCAGCUUCGGUUUUGCUUGCUAAAAUUCUGGAAGUGAAGUCAAGGAUGGGGAAAAACGAGGGGAAUGACAAGUUAGAAUGCUAGCCAUCUUGUAAAUUGAACAUAGAUUUUAUAUAUAAAUCAUGAUUUUGCUACCAUUUUGCAACAGGCCAACAAUGAAGGAUUCGUUUGUAGGUUAUCGAUCGCACGCACGCCACCUUCAAGCCCUCAAGCAAGAGUGUUUGUUAGAAUUUUCCCGUACCAGCAGUUACGAGUUUCAGACAAUUGUUGCCCAUGAACAAGAAGUCACUUUGAGGAAGCCUAUAACAAGAAGCCAUUUUGAGGAUGGUCAGAAUUUUCCCGUACCAGCAGUUACGAGUUUCAGACAAUUGUUGCCCAUGAACAAGAAGUCAUUUUGAGGAAGCCUAUCUAAUUAUUAUGGUUUUCAUUCAACCCAUCCAGAAAAUGAAUCCGAAUUGUAUUCAUUCAACCCAACCAGAAAAUGAAUCCGAAUUGUAAGACAACAUCAUAAGACAUAACAGGUUUUAAAAGACUUUUCCAUCAGAAAAAUUAGAUAUUUGCGCUUACAGGGAGUCUUCAGCCUAUACUUUGGCAGUGUAAUUCAAGCAGAAAAACCCGUAAAUCUCAAAAAGAUUCUCAGUAAAUUGAGAUUAAAAUCCUGCCGAAUAUUUUAGGUGUAGUCUAGUAUUUCUCUACCAUAUUACCAUCAGAGACUCUUAGGCAUUGGUGAGCUGCGUGCCAUUUGAUUUUGGAGUGUAUUUUUCCAUUAGGCCAUUUAAUUUAUCAUCAAACUCCUUCUCCAGUGCAAACUCUUCCUCCCGGUGCCUGUGUCUCAUCUCAGCCAUCUUGCCUUCGUGCAUUUUUAUCAGUUCGUCCCUCUCAUCAACAAAGGCUUCCAUCUCUUUAUCCUGGAACUUUAUGAACUUUUCAAUUUCUCGUGUCCUACAACCAGAAUCAGAUAACAUCUAAGAAAUUAACCACAUAAAACAAAUAAACACAAAACCAACUUGUCCUGUUUCUAAUACAGAAUAUGUAGUUUAAUGCCACAUUCUACAAAACUACUAAAGUUGUAUCAAAAUCACUAUACCUGCGCCUGAAUUCUGCAGUAUUUGAAGGAUUUGU